AUGUUAAGAAGUUUGGUUGCGGAUGCAAGAGGCAGAACGCCGGUGGUUAUCGGAGGGGACUUCAACGCCUGGUCCCCGGAGUGGGGAAGCCGAGCACCGAACGAGAGGGGUACCAGUCUCCUGAAACACUUCGCGGCACUGGACGUGGUUUUGGCCAAUAGAGGCCAAAAGCUGGCGUACAGUAAGACAGAGCGUGAAUCAAUCAUCGACAUCACCUUCGUUAGCAGCGCACUAAUAAGAAGGUGCAACUGGGAGGUCAGUGAUGCUUUUACUUUCAGCGACCACCAGGCCAUACACUUCACCCUUGGAGGGACGCUGGACCGGUCUUCAUCAUCCUCCCCGGAGGGAGCAGCGGAGGAACUCUCAGGAGCACUAGCACAUGCUUGCGACAGUGCCAUGCCUAGGAGGAAACCCAGCAGAAGAGGAGCAUCAGUAUAUUGGAGGAACCUGAACAUUCAGCGACUAAGGACCGCCUGCCUGCGGGCAUGCUUCCAAAGGGCAAGAGGCUCAGAGGAACUAACUACCAGUACAGAGGAGUUCAAGGCAGCUAAGAGGGCCUUGAAACUGUCUAUAAAAGCCAGCAAACGCGAGUGCUUUAGAAAAAUCUGCGACAAGGCGAAGGUGGACCCAUGGGGCACAACCAACAAGUGGAGGCUCUGUUCCCGAAGCACCCGCCAAAAAAAUGAGACUAUACCAGCCGAUGAUGGGGAGCCGUUUACGCCAGUUACAGAGGAGGAGAUCCGGAACUACGCAAAAAAGAUUAAGGUUAGAAACACUCCAGGACCAGACGGAGUGCCAAAUUCCGUCCUGAGGCAGGCCAUGCAGGAGAAACCAGAGGUCUUCGCUAAGACCUUCAACAAAAACAUGGCAACAAACAAAGAACAAGGCAAGGCAAAGAAACAAUAUGUCGUAUCAGGAUUCAGGUCCAUAUGUCUCUUAGACACAGUAAGGAAAGUCCUCGAGAUGGCCAUAGUUUAUCGCGUCUCAAAAUUCGCUGAGGCCAAAGGAACGCUCUCGGUAAGCCAGUACGGUUUCCGGAAGGCGCGCUCCACGAGGACACUGCUGUACGACACGGACGAAGGACCAAAAUCCUAUGAGGUGACUGCGGGGGGGCCGCAAGGAUCGGUCCUCGGGCCGCGUCUUUGA